AUGCAUGCUGAAUCACUUGGGCAUGUUUCGAUAGUUGGAAUGAUCAAGGAUGAUGGGAGUGAUAUUCCUGAAUACAACUUUAAGGAUCUGACUGCGUACCUUGGGAUGCUUGUGCUUUCAGUGGAGGUUCGAGUGAGGGAAGGGAGAGCUGUCAACAUCCAUAUGUUUUGUGCCCGCAGGCCAGGUCUUCUUUCUGCGUUCCACCAUGAAGGCUUGGACAACCUUGGUCUAGAUGUGCAGCAGGCCGUUAUAAGCUGUUUCAAUGGCUUUGCUUUAGACGUGUUCAGAGCUGAGCAUUGCAGAGAAGGGCUUGACGUGGUCCCUGAGCAAAUCAAAGCAGUUCUGUUGGAUUCAGCCGGUUUCCAUGGUAUGAUAUGAGUGAAGUAUUUGACAAAUGCUGCUACUACUACCAGCAGAAGCACUAACUGUAGUUAGUAGUCAGUGAUUAGAAGUUACCGUACCUCAAACAGUUAGUUUGUAAAUGUGAUUGCUUCACAUGGCCAUGGAAAGGCAUGUCUAGGUCAAUAUCAACUAGGUUAGCCGACAUCUUUAGGCUAAGGACUGACCCCUGGUAUUUUUUCUCAGCCAACUUUACUGCCGGAGCAGACUAGUGUUGCUAUCUUGAAUUAUGGAAUAAAAGAUUCUUACUUA